CCUGCCGUGCCCGUCUCUCCCGGCUGCAGGUACACGGUGCUCUUCUCGCACGGCAACGCCGUGGACCUGGGGCAGAUGAGCAGCUUCUACAUCGGGCUGGGCACCCGCAUCAACUGCAACAUCUUCUCCUAUGACUACUCGGGCUAUGGUGUGAGCACGGGCAAGCCCUCGGAGAGGAACCUCUACUCCGACAUCGAUGCCGCGUGGCAAGCGCUCAGGACACGAUACGGGAUCAGCCCGGAGAACAUUAUUUUAUAUGGACAGAGCAUCGGCACAGUGCCCACGGUGGACCUGGCCUCCCGCUACGAGUGCGCCGCCAUCGUGCUGCACUCCCCGCUCACCUCCGGCAUGAGAGUCGCCUUCCCUGAGACCAAGAAGACCUACUGGUUCGAUGCCUUCCCCAACAUCGAGAAGAUCUCCAAAAUCACCUCUCCUGUCCUCAUCAUCCACGGCACGGAGGAUGAA